GUUCUUGGAGGGUUCCGGAAGGGAGAAUGUAAAAACAAGUGCUCCUCUCCGGAUGGGCACUGGUACACGCGGUCCUCUCACUCCUGAGUUCGGUCUCUGGGUACACAUGGUAUUUAGCAGCUGGUUUUCAUCCUUAUGACAUAAGUAAAAACAAUAUUUCCCAACACCUUCCAAUAACUCUUUCUUAUAUGGCAGAAGUACUGAAGACUAUGCAAUUUUUGGUUUCUCUGGUUUCAUUAAAAACCUUUUAAUUGUGGCUUUCGGAGUUGGCCCCAGGUGUUGGACUCUUUUCAUUACAUUUUGCUCUAAUGUGAUGAAAUUCUAAUUCUCUCCUUACCAUAUGGUUAAAUUUCCCCACUGAGAAUUAGUUGAAAAAGGAGAAAUAAUCUAUUAAUCUCUGUAAUAGAUUCACAAAUGAGGUUCGCCACAGAACCUGUUUUUGAAUGGUAAUAUCAGAACAGUUGGGCACCUUAUUUCAUAAAGGAAGGGUGAGGGCGACACAAAAAUGUCUGUAUUUUCACCUGGAAAGGAUGAAAGGGGCCCAGCAGUAUCUUCCAUAAUAAUUCCCUGAGAUCCAGUCUUCCGGGGACAGAAAUACUACGUAGACGUCGGUUACCUACGCUCCUUUGGAUGUCCUGGAACCUAAAGACUGAGAAAGAUCAGGCGGGGCUACGGGAGGCUCUUGUGCCUGGGACCGAGACCGGGGGUUCUGCAGGCUUGAGCGGUCCCACGUGUCUCGUCUGGGACCCCGAGGCUGUUUACAUGCAGGGCAGCCCCUCGCUCACCGCACUCCUCCCACCGUCCCUACCCCGGCGUUCGCAGCUGUUAACCUCUCCCUUUAGGAAGCUAAAGACACGCUAGUGUUAUUGUUUUUCAGUUAGCAGCUUUGUUUUCACUGGGAUCAUAAACAAAGGUUCUCUCUAUUUAUAGGUGGGUCGUGUAUGCAUGACACUAACUUAUCAAAGUCCUUGGGUCACUUUCGGGAGGGCGGAGGCUGGCCCGGUCGUGGCUCUGGGCAGGGUGGGGACACAUCUCACAAUGUCUGACUUAGUUCUCCAGCCAGCUUGCCCUUUUUGUGGGCUGCCACCUUCUGCGGGGCGCCAGGAUUCUUGCCGGCCCGAAGUGGACAUUUGAAGGGCGAAGGAUCGAUCAUGUCAGGGACUGGUGGGGGGCGCCAUGCGGGGCUGUGAGCGGCAGAGCCGGGAUGGCAGAGCAGGGGCGACACUGAGGGCGGCAAAGGCCCUGCCAGCUCAGCUAGACCCAGGAUCUUCGCAGGACCUUUGUCUUUCGCCCUUAGGCAACAAACACUUGAGCGCAUCUCGUGGCCCUUCCCGACCCCAUCUCCACGACCUCCUGCCACCUCCCUCCUCUCCCUGGCCAUCCAAGCUUCUGGAACAAACUUUUGCACAACUUCAUUUUACUCGGGCAAUGAAAACACAUCUGCCCGGUGUCUCGUUACUUGGUUUAAUCGUCGCCAGCCCUAAGUCACGGCCUCGGCUCCCUCUCCUCAACUUUGUGGGAUCCCGCCGCCUGGUUUCGGCCGGGCGGAGGGGUGACGUCAGCCGCUCACACAGUGCCCCCUGGCCGCUGGAGCUCGGGAAAUCUGUGCGCUCGAACUUGGCUCUGCCAAGAAGCUGGGCAAGGAUCCGGGCUCCUGAUGGAACUGAACAGUCUAAAAAGUAAAAACAAAGUUUGGCAAAAAUGACAACUUUGCUUGAGAACAGCUCUGGAAAAGCGAAUCCACUGAGAGCCGUGGGAAUUCUCCGCCAGCUGUGCUUCCCCAGCCGAGGAAGAAUCCAACCCGGAAUAUCGUUUCUGGUCCCCACCGCGGAGACCCCAGCUGGACCCUCUCCUGAAAACUGCCCGGGGAGGGGGGUGCGGUCUCAGCGCCCUCCACUGCGGGGUCCAAGGCGCAGUAGCGGGGCGCGACCUCAGCGCUCCAAGCGCAGCAUUCUUGGCAGCUCUCCAGGCCCCAGUCAGAGGCACAUUGACCUUGAAGUUGCACUUGACUCGCCCACUCGGGGCUGCCUGGUGGCGCCUGGGUCAGCUUGAAACCCGCGCAGCUGAGGGAGCUAGGUGUGGGGUUCACCAUACUGCGCCCCCGCCGGAUUUGGGAGCACGGGAUCUACUCGGAGGCAGAGAGAUUAGCCCCAGAGGUCAAGCCUUUCGGCGUCGUUUUGUCAUCUGUAUUUUCUCAUCCCCUUCGCCGCCGAGUCCUACAAAGCUCACUUCAGAGAGACUGGGUCCACAUGUGUGGGCUCAUGAGGAGGAGGACAGCGAGGGUGACGACGCUGGGGGACUAGCGCGAGCUGGCGCAUUCCUGGCAGUGAGCCAAGGGCCCUCCGUCUUGCUAGUCUUUCCAAGUUGCUUGGCAAUUCCAAAAAUUUCGACUGUGGAAAAGUUGAAACUUGUUCAUAUAGCGUUCUUUCGAAAAGAUUUUCCUUGUCUGUAUCUAUUUUACAGAAAAGAUAUUGGUCCUCACUACUGUUUGGGGACGAGUUAGCCUAAAUUUGAACAGACCUUGAAGACAAACCCUGAGCCCCGGGAGGCAGCCUUCUCAGCGCCAGGUGCACACACAGGUCCCCGAGCCCACCGCGAGGGUCUCACCUGGCUCCUGCGUGGUCUUUCCCCACUUUGGCGACUUUGAAGGCCAGGGGGACCGUACAGUGAGCGAAUAACUUAGCGCCUGCAUUAUCACUGCUGAAACCUCAGACAACAAUGUAGGACAUGCGGGUGGAGGUAGAGCAAAACUAGUGAAAAGAGUUUAUGAGGAAUUCAUAACCGCCUCGCCUACUUGGGACAACUCCUUCAUUCAGUUGUCCUCCCUAGGGGGCUGUUAUGCUUAUUUGUGUCACACCCGUCUCUCCCCUGGAAUCUUAUCAUCACAGAAUAUUAAACAUUUGAAAAAAUUUUAAAGAUUAAACUUGUUCGAGGAAAAAAUGGUAAACACUGUUAGGCAUUGCCUGGCGUGCACAAAUUAAGGAAAGAAAGAAACUGAAAAUUUCAGCGCGGCUUUGGGAAUAUUUAGCUUUGCGAUUUAAAACCCACAGCGCCAUCUCCUGGUAAUGAGGAGAAUAUAGCGAUGGAUGACAAUACUGAAAUGCUGACUAUGAAAUACUCAAAUAUGAGAAACGCCUCAAAAAUUAUUUCAGUGAUAGGUUGAUUAUGAUUACAAAAUAUGAUCUGACAUGGACAUUUAUUAUCAUUAAAAGUUAUUAGACACAAUCCUGGAAGCUAAUUAUUUGUAAAUAGAAGUUUGUAUAUUUAUACAUACAUGUAUUUUAUAGAUUCAGACGCUUAUGCUGUGAAUUUAUAAGAUAUGAUUCUAUAAUUUAUCAUAAAUACAUAAUUUUACAAAACAGUUCCCUGUUUUACUUUUUGUGAAUGAUUUUACCAUAUAUGGUAGAAAAAGAAUAAUAGGAUGUGGUGAUCUAUGGAGACAUAAAAUCUUCUAGAUCCUCAUUGUAUUUUACUAGUCAACAUUAAUAAAUACUUUAGCCCCAUUGUCUCAAUAACUUCUCACUUUAUCUAAGUCUUCUCAUCAUGCAAUCUUACAGAAUGUCUUACUGUCUUAAUGUUAAGACAUCAUGACAAAAAUGUGUUAACAUUAUUCAGACAUUCUGAUCCUGAAAUAUCAUCUGAAGUUAAAUUAUUUUCCAAAAGUUUAAUGCACAUAAUAGAAUCAUAAAUACUUAAUACUUUUCUAUUAAAAUGUUUCUGAAGUAUUCUUUCAAGCUUUUCUCCCUUUUAUAAAUAAGAUUGAAACACACUAAAAUUUAGAGAUGAUAUCCCUAUUAAAAACAUUUCUCCUCUAUGAUUGUAUACACAGGCCAGCUGCUUGAAAUAAAAAUAAAAGUAGAUAUGCCUUUUGUAGUGUACAAAAUAUUAUGAAUAUCCUUCAAAAUUGUAGAUCAAACAGACAAGUGUAAACUUUACUUCAGUUGAAAGAUUCAUUUUAUCUGAUUAAUUAAAGUGAAGAUCUAUUAAGCCAAA